UAUGACGAGUGAUGACCGACGUAAUGAUUAUAGCACAUUACACUGUUGAACACAAACAUUUCAGCUAGCAUCACCUACUAUUUCGACCGAUUAUGUUGGACUGACCGGAACACUCCAAAAUGAUCGGCCCUGUUCGAUGUCAAUCUGUCCCAAUACGCUACGAUUGCAUUUCACCAACAUUUUCUUGACUCGAACGGGACGUUGUGACAAGGGUUAUCUACUCCUGAGAAAGAGGCUGCUCGAACGGUAGUGAAUUUAACCUUUUGCAGUUUUAUUUCUCACGUUAGAAACUGGCAUUGCUUCCUUAGGUUGUGGAGAAACUUUGCAAGGGAUUGAACAUUCCUCAGAAAUACAACAUAUUCAGUCUUUUUGAGCAGUGCGGUACAAUAGAGAAAAACAUUGAAGACAGAACCGUCCUCGCAGAUGUUUUGUCGAAGUUUGAAAAGUUAGUAUUGACUACUCAACUGUCCCCUUAAUUACAUAGUAAUUAUUUAUAUCGUUAUAGCUGUAGCUAUCAGCACCGUACAAGUCAACUUCGUCAGCUAGUUUUGUCAGCUACUUUUCAUGUAACCUUUACAUUAGCAGCGACCAAAAAUUUAUCUUCUGACCGUUAUUACUCAAAGUUAGGGAGGGAUAAACUAGUAAAAACCGUUAGGCUGAACAGUUUCCCCAAAACCCUGAUUGAAUCCUUCAGUUAUUUCCACCCGUGCCUUUGGUUUUUUCUGUGUUACUGAAAUGAUCCUCCACUGUCUUAAGUGAUCAUUUUAUAUCUCUCUUAAUUUGGAUUCCAGUUUCUAAUGAUUGAAUUUGGUAAAAGUUGGUGUCCACUGACGAGUAGCCUGGGAGCAAGCUCUUUAUUUAGAGGAUGUGGUGAGAAGUCGCGCGCCAGUGGGACGCGAAAGGAGACUUUCUUUCGCCUUCUCUCGGGGAUUGCUUCGCACGCCACUCGUAAUGCAGGGCUUUCUCGCAGGCUUACUGACGAUGGAUUCAGUUCACUGAUUAUCGUUUCUGAUUUCAGGUAUAAGGCGCUAGGUUUAACGGAAGCUGGGCACACAUGGAAGCUGUUCUUCAAGAUUUUUUGCUUUCUUGAACCAGAAUCAGUGGAACCAGAUAGCGUUGAAUAUGGAUUUCUCUAUGAACAAGUAAGGCUUUCUGAUGUGUCGUUAUACACUUCGUAACUGUUACGGGUAAAAUUCGUUCUCAGUUUGUACUAGUAUUUAACCUAGUCCUUUUGAGAAUUUCUCCCAGCACUUUCUCUUGGAGUUGUGAUACAGUCCAGCGACUUGUAUGCGUAAUUGUAACUUUACCUUAUCAGGCCCAAGUGUGAUAAACAUCAAUUUUCUCUAAACAGUUUCAAUACUCAUCAAUCGAAAGGUUAUGAGUCAGAACUAAUAAAAUCAUCUCUAUGCGGAAAAUGUUUUGGUCUUUUAUGAAAUCCCCUCAGACGUCUCUCUGCAGUGAUUUUGUUAAAAAUUGUUAUGGUGAGUCCUGAGACUCAACUUGUGAAAAAUUAUGAGUCCCAGUGCAGACCCAUUGAGUCCUAAACUGAAAAUGCUUGGUCCUUUAUGCAGCCAGACAGUUAAUCUGACGAAAGACUCCAAAACUCUGUAUUAAAGUUUACUGAAAUACAGGUAUACUCCUUCUAUUGUAAAGCACAACAAAGACUAAAAGAAAUAUGUGUCGUUAAACAACAGCCACAAGAACGGCUACAGAAAUCACACAAGGAUAUUUUACAAAAACAUCUUUAGACCGAUCGAUCGAUCUUUGAGUUCUACGGAACGCAUGCAAUCAAUUAUUUUGCGUCUUUUUGGAUUUUUAUGCGUCAGGGAAGCAGGACGCAGAAGUAACAGAAUCAUAGCUCUCUUGAUGAAAAUUUGCGCGCAAAAGAAGGAGGUGGGGUGGGGAGGAGAAAACGGGCGAGACGUCGCUUCGCCUCUCGUCUUUCUCCUUCCCAUAGUCCUUUGCGUUUUGCGCGUGCCUCUGUGAGAAAAACGGAAAACGAAGCACCUGAGGAGGAGGAGAAGGUUUAAGGAAAUAUAUGGAAAUCGGUCUUGAGAAUUUGUACGUGGAUAUUGCGGCCUAAAGGUUCAAUGCUUGUGCAUUUGUUUCUUAUUAGGCUUGUGAUUCCAUUAUUCUUGGUAAAUACCCUGCUCCGGAUACCACACUCUACUUACUGGCUGCACUCCGACUUCAGUUUAAUGAAGGAGACUACAAACCGGGGGCCUGGGUGUAAGUAUGAAAAUCUUUAUUAGAGUUCAACUCAGUCCCAGUCUAUUGGAAAAGGAGUUUGGCAGUUACCUCAGUCUUCAAAUGCUGUGGUUUCUGAUUGGUUUAAAUUACGUCUCGCCAAUUUGUUAACCAAUCAGAAUUCAUUUGUGCUCUGCUCAAACUAGUUCUUCUCAAGACACGAAAAUGAAGCAAAUUGAUCAGAAUUAUGCAUGACGAAAGUGGACUUCAUUUGCUACUAUCAGAUUCAGCGAUAUGCCAAUGUGCAAUUGUCGGGGCGAAAUAACGCUACUUCCAGAGACGGUUUUUAUAAUAUCUAGGACGAAAUAUAAAUCGCUUCCACGGUUUGACAAAGCUCCUUGGUGAGUCGCGGCUUCGUCGCGCGCUUGUCAAUGAUUCAUGAAAGGCAUAAAGUCCUUUGUAUGAAGCGUAUGCGAAAAUAACCCCGAACUGCAAAAUUUUCACUCAGGGUUUACAUGAGUGUUUAAAUACUUUGGCGCACAGUCAUCCCAACUCGCCUCCAUUCCGUUAAGGUAAGGAGCAAAGUUCAUGGAUAAGGGGUUACAACCCAGCUAUAUUUGAAAUGCUGCUGCUUUUUUGUAGGUCUGAUCUAGACUCCGUCUAUCCUCCUGGAAAACUAAAGCAGAAAGUGAAGAAAGAAAACAACUCUAUAGGAAGGGACCGCACCUUCAGCCUCAAGGUAUAUUUAGGACAUUAACAUCAGCUAAGUUAUCCGUCUACAAAUUCGAUCAAAGUGAUAUGACUUAAAAGAAAAUACGCACGAAUUCACGCGGCAAAUCUUCGCAUUUUUUUCUUUUUUCAAGUUUUCUUUUUUUUAUUAGGUGAUAUGGGUUUGUGAAGAUCGUACCUGUUUAGAACAGAUUAUGUUUGCUUAUUUCCUCAGCCGUUUGAUUUUUGAGCAAACAGUUACAUAUUUACAGUCGUACCUCUUUACAACGACCAUAGAGAGGAGAAGUGAUGAAGUCACCAAAAUUAGCGAGAUUAAAGCCCCGUGCAAACGGACGCAUGCAACGUUGUUGGCCAACAACUCCCAACAUUACUGGAAGUUGCUGCUUCCAUUUGCACGUAGCUUAAAGUUUGACCGAUUUCAAAUAUCCUUUGCGCAACAACUCCUAAUAACACGCACCAACAUGUAACAGGGUGUGCAAACGGACGCAACUUCCAGCAAUGUUGGGAAUAGUUCACUUAUAUACUUAAAUAAACGACUUUUUUCUUUAUUUCUUAAAACGCCGCCUAGUAUUUAAAUUGCCCGUGGGAGGAAAUCUCUAUUCCUCAUAAGCUCGGCUUCUCGGAGAUUUCCCCGCCACAGUCACUUCUCCCAAGUAAUGCACAAAUUUUAAAUUUAAUGUUAGUUAACCUAUUUAUUAUCGUUUUUAUUCUGCUUGUAACUCAUUGUGUGUGGCAAAAUAAUAAAAUAAAAAUAAAAAAUAAAAUAAAUAGUUGGACAACGAUUUUACGUCUGUUUGCACGUAGCAUAAGGGCCACGUUUACGGCAUUCGGCAAAGGUAGACUCAAGUUGAGAAUUUCUCCAAAUAGAAAAUGAGAAGAUGAAAACAGUCAGAAACAGUUCUUAUGGAUGAAAAUAACGUGAAACUGCUGAUUUUUUGUAGAGGAGAAGAACAGUUAAAGACAAGUAAAAGGAAAACUUGGUCACGUAGCAAAAAUUCACGUUUGCCGGUUGCCGUAAACGUGACUGUUUAUCUCUCUAUUAUAUUUUGGGGGUUAUGGGAUAGGUUAUGUUACACGGGACGUUUCGCAACGACGAUUUUAAGCUCAACACAGUAUUGCAAUGAUGGCACAAUGUUGCAAACAUUCGAAACAAUUUCGCAACAUUACAGUGUUGCGCUAAAAAUCGUUGUUGCGAAUCGUCUCGUGUAACAUCAUCUCUGAGGCUCGCCGGCGCGAUUAUGGUUGCUUACGCACCUUAAUUUGAGGUGUUAGUUGUGUUAUAGAAUUUAUUAUGGAAAAAGGAUACUACUUGAAAAUGCUUCUGUGAUGCAUUUUUUUUUUGUGACGAGCUGUUGAAUUUUAUUCUCAUAGGGCACAAUAAGGAAGGCAGUGUCUCCAUUUAGAUCCGGUAAGUGCUCUCAAAUGACAUGCGCAUUCCAAUCCUAGUAUUUUUCUAUUGUUAUUGAUUAUCUAGAGUGACAACCAUUCAACAUUGACAAGCUCAUUCUCUCUUGAGAUGAAAUAAGUCAUUGGUUAAAUGCAGUUAUUGUACUUUCGGGCUUUUUUUCGCAAUGGAUUCUCGCCUGACAAUAGAGUUGCUAUUGACUUAAGCCAUCUGUUUUGUAAUGUCUUUAUCAGCUCACUCAACUGUAGGCUCUAUCGAAGUUGGUUUGUGUAUCAGCAGCGUUCAAUUUCAAAGCGCAUUGGCUGCUAAUGGGUGAGGUUUAGAGGGUCCACAGUCUCCCCUCUUCCACAAUCACGUAAUAAGUAGCUAAAGUACUAAUGUAGAACAAAUUUCAACAGUGUUCACUAGUAUGCACCCCUACUCCCUCUGUCAAAAGUAAUUUAUUUAUUCUCCCCCUAAAGUGUCCCCCUUAAACGCCUUCUGUUCAUUUGUUAUUUAGCAGGAGGAACAGAAAAUGAAACCGAGAAUACUAAGAAAGCUACUGAAGAAGAACUGUCCUUCAUCAAGAGUUCCAUAUGCGAACAGUGGAAAAGAAUCGGGGUAGGAAUAGCAUGAUAUUAUGACAGUAACUUCUGUAUUAGACAAUACCAUGAGUAUUAGAAUAGUAGUUCGAAGGCCAAUUUUGAGGUGAGUAAUACUAAAGACUAAGAUUUUAUUGGUGUUGAAGCGUCUUCAAAAUUUUCCGAGGUUUGUAUGAAAAAAUUCCUGCUGCUAGAUAUAGCAUUUUUCUCUGGAAGGCAAACCACAUUAAAAUCGCAGUGUUAAAAGUUUAAAGCCGAAAAAUUAUCAAACGCAUCAGUUGUAUAAUGAUCUGUCAAUCUCAGGUAUUUCUCUCUUGGUUUUAUCCUAAAAUUUUUUCACGAGAUGCGUAACCGCGAGCCGCGAGGGGCCUGUUCACUUAAGAAAAAUCCAGCUGUAUUUCAGAAUUCAGCCGAGUUCAGCCACUAGGAAAUGCCACAAAUUGAGUGAAGAAAAUCGCUUACAUCAUCCUAGGAACAUUUUAUUUUUUAAUAGAGCAAAUUAAGAUUAAGUAAUUUAAAAUUGAUUUCAGUGUGUUCAGCCUAUUAGUUUCCCAAAGUUUAUUCUUGUAAAUUGGUACCUGCGAAUUAAAUUGUUUUGUCUGUCGUAAGUCUGUGAUUUUGUUCGUAAAGAAACUCCUUCCUUGCAAUAAACGUUUCGUUUCUUAGCGAAUAAUUCGCAAAAGUAGUGCAUUUGUUUCUUUUAUUGUUCACUGUUAUGGUUUUUCUUCGAGCGCGGGCUUAUUUCAUCCAGACAGUUGCGGGUAAUUUAGCAGCGUAGAGUUUUAUAGAAGUCAGUGUUCUAAGACAGUAAGUCGACUGUUUCGUUUCUCAGGGUAUGGACCAAGAGCAAGCUCAGAAGCAGUACAUGGAAAUAUUGAGAAGCUGGCCGGGAUAUGGGUCAACUCUUUUUGAUGUAGAGGUAACAAAUAGUACCUGUUAGAGAACCCUAAAUUGUGGUUCGUAUAAAUAUUUGAAGAAGCUGUCAUGGCCAUGGUAACGUGGUAGGGAAUGGUUUCAAAAGGCUGAUUAAGCCCCUUCUAAAAUGCUUCCUGUAAGUCAACGUUUAGUACACAGGAACAUGGAGAGUGAUAAUUCUGUAUUUCGACUCGGGGAAGGUCUGCCAGAUCGACCCUAAAAAAUUGUAAUCGGUUGAACUGUAAACACAACAGGAUGUUUUUGUGGCACCCUCCUGCUCACCCUAUCCCCCCCCCUCCUCCCCCUCUUCCUCCUCUCCUCUUCCUCCUCCUCCUCCUCCUCCUCCUCCUUAUCAACAUUAUUAUCGCCGUCAUCUCUUUUUCAGACAAAAGAUCUCAAUCUUAAUCCUGACCUUUGGCUCGGUGUGAGUUUCAAGGGUGUGGCCUUGUACAAGCGAGGAGACGUCAGACCACAGUGUCAGUUCAGUUACGAAAAGUAAGUUAUUAACUUUACCUAAGCCAACUCGGUCUUUCAAGGCGUGGUCUACAUAUAAACGCCGCGGCCGCUAUGAAAAACGUCCAGCUAUCCCAAUAUUUGGCCUCGUUGAAUGGUAACGUGAUUUUAGAAAAUCACCUGACGGAUGGCUAAAUGGAACACUCCACUAAUGAAGACGUUACGAUUAUGUUGAUACCGAUUUUUGCUCAGAGUACGUAAUAUUGUGACAACGUUAAAGAGUUACAGUUGAACCUCUCCACAACGGCCACCUUGAGGACAGAAGAAAGUGGCCAUGGUAGAGAGAUGGCCGUUGUAGAGAGGGUUUGAACAAUAGAGAAUGUACGAACUGUCCGCCCAAAAGAAAAAUGGCCAUUGUAGAGAGGUGGCCGUUUUGGAGGUUCGACUGCAUUUCAGAUGAUUGGUGUGAUCCCUGAACUAGUUUCAGUGAUCGUAGCGUCAAAUGGAAUUGAAGAUUCAGACAGGCCCCGUUGGAAACGUAACAACACAGCAGGGACCAGCUCUAGGUUUCUGUUUCUUUGAGGUGUCCUUUUAAUGAAGGUUUAAUUAGCCCAUGUACAACCCUUAAACUUGUUAAGAGAGUUGAUUUUACAACUUUCAACAUAAAGGUAAAUUGAAAUAUAUUGAGAUCUUCAAAUUGAAAAACCCUGGAUGUUUUAUUGAUGUGGCCUCUGUAUGUGAUAGAGUUGUAAGAUUUCUUUCUCUUUUGUCUGUAGACCGAAACGUCUUCACAUUACUAUAGUCUUUUAGAUUUUAGGACACAUCUUCCAAAACAGAACAUCACUUCAAACUCUCACCUAAAAGUCCUAAUACUUUUUUUUUUCCCGUUACAGUAUUUUAUCGUUUGGAGCUCCCGCUGCUAAUGUGUACAAAAUCAUUGUGGAUGGUAGAGAUCCAAUGCUAUUUGAGACUUCCCAGGUGAUGCAGCUUAAUUAUAUUCGUUGUAUUCUGCAAAUCCCUUUACAUUUCACAGAGUCGCAAAGCUUGUUGCAUGUGGUUACCAUUCAGUGCUUCAGUGACAAGUGGGUUAAGCCUGGUUUUCAUUAGAUCUCUCUGCGAUCGCUGAAGAAAGUCCAGCGAUCUGAGCUGUUGUAGUGAUAGCCUGUUUCAGGCUCCAAGAUAGUGGUAAAAAGUCGUUCAGUAAAGAGGUGUUAAAAAAAUGCGAAAAACGCGCGGUGGCUGGGGAGAGACAGGGUGGUGAAUUCGUAGCCUGCGAACAGCAGACGUAUUUCCGGUUGUCGCUUCGGCUGGUGAAACUAGAACUAGAGCCGAAAAAAACGGACGAUCUCACAGGAUAACGAAUUUGAAGACAUAAAUUUCCACACAUUCGGACAAGGAGUGUGAAAUGCUCGCACGAGAAACUUGAGAAUGAUGGAGCUAGCUGAAGUGUUAACAGUUUUGACAGCCGAAUCCAGACGUGACAAAAAUGGGCGCAAGAGGAUCGUUAAAGAGGCUCUUUCUCCCAUUUUUCCCUUCGCCACCGCCCCCCUUCCCAAGGCGUGCGCGUCUUAUUUUCGCUGAGCUCGUUUUAAUACGUCCGUUCUAUACUACCUGAGAGCCUGGCACAGGCUAUUGUACUGAUCAUUUGGAAACCAGGCUUAAAAUACUGCAGAAGUCUAUCUUAGCUUCUUCGUUGCAACGGUCGCUCCGUUCGUUGAAGAGUUUUUUCCAUUUUAAUACCCUGGAUAUCGGAGGCUUUCCCCGCGGGGUAUUUCGGUUUUUGUGUCGGCCGAAGCCGCGAAAAUCAAAGCAUUAGUGGUGCGACCGCUGAACCAUUUUUAUCGAACCUAGAGAUCGAUUGUAGCUGUCAUAAGUUAUCAUAUGGUAGCGAUGUAUUUUAGUUUUCUUCUGAUUGGUUGAAAAAGGUUGCCCGUGAUUUUUUAGCCAAUUACAAUGAAUAGGAAUACAUCCUUUUCCCUCACGUGGCCAGCAGCUGUGCAAAUUCUUUGGGGGAAUAAGAACGUUUUUACACGAGAACAAUUCCGUCAGGAUUUUUUCGGUACACAAAUAUGGCCGCCGUGUCAUUGUGUCUUUUGCACAAAAUGGUCGCCGUGAUGUCAUGUGAGAACGAUCUUUUUUGCAGCUGACCAGUCACGUUGUGCAAUUCAGUGAACGUGACUCUGUUGACUGACGUUUUUGCUCUGUGAUUUAUAGGUCAUUGAGAUUGCCAAGCUGAUGAAAGCCUACAUCAAUCAAAUUGUGAAACUACGGAGAGCAAGCUAUUACAGUCAAGCCUCAUCAGAAGCAUCCGACUCGUUCAUGUAGUUAGAAUAAAGACAAAAGUGCUGUCAUGUGAUACCCUGUAGCUCUUUGUUCAGAAAAAAAAAGGUUGGGUUAUAUAUAGACGAAAAUUGCAAAUAGUACAUGAAAAUUAUUGUUAUAAAUAUCAGUGAAUAGCCCCGUACAGUAGUUUUAGGUUUGAUAAAACACAAAAAGUUUUCUUAAACGCUUCUGAAGAUUUCCCGUAUACAGCCGGUUAUUCUUUUAAUUUUCCUUACUUUUUGGAUUAAGUGGCCGUAAACAGUGGCAUUUGAAAACGUACAUUUUAUCAGAUUUAUAAAUAAUCCUUGAAUUGACUUUUUCCCCUUCAUGGUCGUUGAUAAGAUUCUUAAACAUCAUAAUUUUAAAGGACAAAGAUCUAACUUGAGAGAGCGACAGAAACGGAGCCUACAAUAAUUUUAUGCCGUUGUGGUGCCAAUUUUGGACAUUAUUAAUCGUAAAUUACUGAAAAAUAAUAAAUGAAACAAACGUUAAAGAUGUCUAAACCUGAGGAAACGCUCAGCGGUGUGAACAGUCCCGCCUUGCGCAGUGCGUGGAAAAUUAUAUUUUUAAGCCAGCUUCGAACAAACCACACAUAUAAAAUAAUAUUUUGAUAAUAAGAAUUUACACACCCGCCAAAGGUUCGUAAGUUCGUUGAUUAUCUUUUUGUAAUAAAAAAAAGAUUAGCAAUUAUCCGAUUUACCACAUGUAUAACGAACAAUAUAAUAGUAACUUCUUUAAGAAGCAAUUGUAUAGCCAUUGGUAAAUUUGUAACAAAUAACACAAGCCAUUAUUUUUAGUAGUCUCUUUUAAGGGAACAGGGCUAUUCAAAGGUCACUGUAGAAGGUAAUUCCUUAGACUACAGAACGAAACCAUUGCAUGAAUGAAUUAGUGAAUUUAAUAUAUCGACAGAAUACUCGUCAUAUCACAAAGAUGCCGUUCAGACUGAAUCUUUGAAAGGACGAGUAUCUUUGUCUCGAGCUUGUUCAUUUCAAUGCUCUCGUUUAAAUUACACGAACAUGUGAUACUAAAAAUUCCCCGUGGACGGAAAAAGCCGUGUUUAUUGUUAAUUUUAGACGUCAAAUCGUAACGGCUUUGUAAUUUGUUUGUCCCUGAAAAUUAUUAGUUUCGGUUGAGAAUUUUAGGCGGAUUAUAGUACAAUGCAAGACUUUUUUCCAUCCUUAAUUUUUCACUUCCUUAGUUAAGAAGAUAUUCUUUGUAGUUCUGUAAACUUUUGAUUAUCUGAGUGGACAAACCCCUGUCGUGUUUCAGAUCAAAUGUAAACUCCUUUGGCAGUACAUUCACUUGAUGACUAUUUGCUCAUCAUUCACUAAAAAAUAGUCGUUUCUUUGUUUGUUGUUGUUGUCCAGUUUUCGGAUCUUUUGCAUUCUUCAGAGUGAAAGAAGUAUUUCUUGACAAACGUCCUUGUAAGACGAGCCGAGUCCAUAAAUAUGAUAUCAUUUCACAUUCGUUGUGUAGCAGCUUAGGAACUAAAUGUAGAAAGUACGCUUUAGAGAGUUGAACAGUUUGGAUGACUCUCCACUGUAAAAUCCGAUUAUCCAAGUGACAAAUUCCUUCUUUGUGACAGUGAAAGUCAUUGCCGGCUCGUUAAAUGUAAACUAUAGUUGAAAAGGUGGAUUUCUCACUAAUAUCUAAAAAGACUGAAAUUUGUUGUUUUGUUGUGUUAAAGAAAUAUUAAGGGGCCAAAUGUGUGGAGAGAGAAACUGCGAGAAGACGUAUCAUCCUCGUACCAUGUGUGUUUUUAGUUAAGAUACAAAGGGGUUAUAUUUGGGCUUAAAAUUAAAAAACCUCUAACUAGCCCUAGGUUCUUCCUAGCCUGUCCAGCCGAGAGAAACGAACAGACUGCUCUUGCCAUUCCCUCAGGGUUGUCGCGCGGUGAACAUGCGAGCGAGCGAGGCAAACGCGCGAGGGAGAUGUAGCAUGCUCCCCCUUGCGACAAGGGGAGUGUAGGAGUGUACUAGGGACAAAAAACUACAUGGAGAGAAUCUGGCAGAAAAAUACGGUCUUGAAGUUCGCCAGAAAUGUGUGCAAAAAAGGAAAAGUUGGUAGAAAAAAGAUACAAAGGUGGUUGCGUUUUCUUGGAUCUUCCCAGUGCUGGGAUAAUUCCCUCGAUGCAAACAGCUCCUAAGUUAGCUUAGGCUUGAAGACUGUACAGUCAUGUAUUGCUUUUCUGUAGGUUAAUAUACUUAUUAAAUUCAUGAUCUAUUACUUGUAACUGCAAAAUACGUUUGUAAAGAAAAUUCCCAGAUUGCUGUGCAACUGAAAACAAAAUACGCAUGUGGUGUUCGUUUCUCGAUUUAAGAAUCCACAAAGUAAGGUGGAAGAAAUAUACCAUUUGUGUAUUACCAGCGCUUAAUUUUGGUUAACUAUUUUAAUUCAUGCGACAUUUUAUUGUAUUUUUGUAUUUAAAUAGUCCCACCUGAAAUCUAUUAAUAUAACGAUAGUAAUAAAUGAAAUUGAAAUUAU